AUUUGUUUUGAAAGGUGUAACCGGUGAAUCAGAACUAAAGAAGAUACAGAGUUCAAAUACAUUAUCGCAUAACCGGGAAAGAGGAAAGCAUUGUAUACAUAUAGUAUUUACAUAUAUUUAUGUAUAUAAAUACAUAUCAAUAUAUAUAUUGUACAUAUAUUUAUAUGUAUGUGUAUGGAUAUGCGAAUGGUAUUUUCAAUUAAUUGAAAAUAAAAAAAAAGUUUAGGCUUUCUUGAGAAAUUUAUUAACACAAGCAUGUUUUUCUUUAAAAAUACGUACCAUCUUGAAAUCAAAAAUUUUAUAGGUUAUAUAGAUAAUUACUGUAAUACAUUAAACAAGAAAAACAAUGUUAUGGAUGUUACAAAAAUAUAAUUACAGUGGCUGUACAAAUAUUGAUAACAAUUACUUGUACGCAGUGUUGUGUUAUAAAAUGAAACCAUUUAAUAUAAGUGAUAUAAAUCUUCUGCAUUUUACAAAUUGUAAUAGAAAACUUUGUACCAAAUCUUUGCCAAAGGAUGGUGAUGUUUUUGGAAACAUUUCACAUGAAAAAUAUGAAAAAGUUCCAAUGGAUGAAGAUGAGGAAAAAGAAGAAAAUUUUUCAAAACGUACUAAAAUUCCUAGAAUAGAAAGAUUAAGUUACACAGAUUACUGUAAACUUAUUAAAUCAUAUAUAGAUUUAAAGAAUGUAAAUGCAGCAUUAAGUGUAUUAGAUUUAAUGAAAGAAAAUGGUGAUAAGCCAAAUGUCUUCAUAUAUAGACUUUUACUUUCUGCAUUUGCGUUACAAGGAGAUGUAAAGCAAUGUUUUAAAUUAUUCAAGAAAAUAAAAGACAGUGGUUUAGUUCCUUCACCAAUGGUAUAUACUUCUUUAAUUCAAGCUUGUGCUAACACAACAGAUUCAAACAUUGCGGUAGAACGUUUGGACUAUUUAAGAAGAUACGUUCUUGAGAGAAAAUUAACGUUAAAUGUAGUGCAUUACUGUGCUCUUAUCAGAGCUUAUGGUCGGCAUAACAAAGUUUUAACUGCCUUUCAAAUAGCAGAUGAAGCAAGGGAUAAUGGUAUCAUUUCAAAUAGUAUAGCCACUUAUUUGUUUCACGCGACAAUUGGUGAUAAGGAAUCUGGAUUAAAAUAUGCUUUGGGUUUGUGGCACAAAAUGAAGAAAGAUAAAAUGAAAUUUAACAUAUUACACUAUAAUCUCCUUUUGAGAGCAAUUAGAGAUUCAAAGUUUGGGGAUUUGAAAGUAAAUGAUACUUUAGUAUUAGAAUCACCCGAAACUCAAAUUCAAUUUAAGAAUGUAGAAAGAUCAGAUUUAUUAGAUUCUCCACCAGUGUUGAGUGCUUCGCUCCUUAAAAUGCUUACAGAAUCUAAACAUAUUGUGGCAAAUGCUCAUACUUCAGAAAUAGAUGUAAUAGUUAAUAAUAACAAGUUAUUGUUACAAAAUCUGGACGACGCGUUGGAUUCAAAACGAUUAGUUUUAUUUGGUGGAGUUGAAAAAUUUAUAAAUGGAAUGAAAAAUCAUGGUGUAUACCCUGAUAGAAAAACAAUCACAUUACUUUUAGAUUUACUUCCGCCCACAAUAACGGCAGAAGAAUAUUUUCUUAAGUACCUAAAAAAUAAUAAUAUAAAUGUAGAUAUUACAUUUUUUAACAUGCUUAUUAAAAGGAGAUGUUUAAGAAGAAAUUAUAUGGAUGCCAAAGCUAUUCUUAAUACGAUACAAAGUUAUCAUUUUACAGCCAAUAUCGUAACAUUUGGAGUAUUGGCUAUUGGAUGUAGAAAGCUUGAAGAUGGUAAAGAACUUUUAGAACAAAUGGAUAAUAUUGGUUUUGCACCGAAUUACACAAUUUUAGAAACAUUGUUACACAAUGCGUGUGUUAAUAAAAGGUUUUCUUAUGUAUUAUAUUUGAUGAAGUAUAUAUUGACAACUGAAAUUAAACCAUCAAAAAAUAUGUUACAAUUUUUAAAAAAUUUUGAUGAAAUAAUAUUAAAAGAAAUAGAAAAUAAGCGUAACUACACUAAUAAAAGAAUAUAUUUCACCGAAGCAGAUUAUAACCAAUUUAAAAUAUAUUACGAAAAUUGGAAAGAAAAGCUAGGAAUAAAUACAGAUUAUUGAAAUGCUCAAACAGGUUUCAUUAACUUAUAGUCUGAUUUUAUUUUAAUUUAAACUGUAUAGAAUUGGAACUUUGAUAACUCGUGUUUGUAAAACAAAAACAAAAUAAAAUAAUACAUUUACAAAUACGAUAUAAAUA